AUGGUGGAAGUCGAAGAAUUAGAACCACUUACCCCAGUUGAAGAGGAAGAAGAAGAAGUCAUAAGCUAUGAUGAUCUCAAACGACGCAUGUGGAAAGACCGAAACCUCAUGGAGAAACUCAAGCAACAAAAAAGACACAGCAACGACGUCGUUUCCUUGGCAUCGCACCGAGCAGAAGCUUCACGGCGCAAGAAGAUGGCACGUUCACAAGACUCGGUGUUGAAGUACAUGAUGAAGAUCAUGGAGGUGUGUAAAGCGAAAGGGUUUGUCUACGGUAUCGUACCGGACAAGGGUAAACCGAUAACCGGUUCUUCAGACAGCUUAAGACGUUGGUGGAAAGAAACCGUUCAGUUCGACCAAACCGCUCCAAACGCCGUCUCCGAUUACUUAACAAUCGCAGCUGCUGCUGCGGCAGAGAUGAUCGAGAAAGAACCGUCGAGUCUAUUACACAUGCUUCAAGAGUUACAAGACACGACUCUAGGGUCGUUACUAUCAGCGUUAAUGCAACACUGCGUCCCACCACAACGGCGGUUUCCGUUAGAGAAAGGCAUCGCGCCGCCGUGGUGGCCGACGGGGACCGAGCUUUGGUGGGGAGAGCAAGGAGAGGCUCACGAGCACGGUGUGCCGCCGUAUCGAAAGCCGCACGAUUUGAGAAAGUCUUGGAAAGUUAGCGUUCUGGCGGCUGUGAUUAAACACAUGUCGCCAGAUUUAGGGAGAGUGAGACGUCUCGCGACGCAGUCGAAAUGUUUACAAGAUAAGAUGAUGGCUAAAGAGACCGAUACUUGGUCUCGUGUGUUAAACCAAGAAGAGGCGCUUCUUAAUAUCAAAGACCUCAAGAUCUCAGAUCAAGAUCAAGAAGCUUCGGGGUCCAAGACCAAGAGAAAAUGUGAUUUUAUGGAACCCUCUAAGAGCAUGAGCAUUGUAUGA